AUGAGCCGGCAACCAUCCCGGAGCCGAAGUCCUGCGAGAGGUGGUGACGGCCAGACCAAUGGGGUUAAUGAAAGUGACUUGAUCCAGAUCGGCACAUCCAUGGGAUUGUCCCUGGAGCAGGCCAAAGGCCUGGCAGCGAAGACUCUGAACGGGGAGAUCGCAUGGGGCCAGGGCGGCGCCGUAGUCGAGACCAAGCCGCAAAACAACGCAGAGGUGCCACAGGAACAGGCGCCAGAGGUGAUGCCACAGGCGCCACAGGUGCCACCGGUGCCACAGGUGCCACACAUGCCACAACAGGUGCCACAGGUGCAGCGAGCGCCACAGGUGCCACAGGUGCCACAACAGCAGCAAGUGCAUCAGGUGCCACAGGUGCCACCGCCGCCACCGGUGCCACAGGUGCCACACAUGCCACAGGUGCCACAGGUGCCACAGGUGCAGCGAGCGCCACAGGUGCCACAGGUGCCACAACAGCAGCAGGCGCAUCAAGUGCCACAGGUGCCACCGGUGCCACAGGUGCCACACAUGCCACAGGUGCCACAGAUGCAGGGAGCGCCACAGGUGCCACAGCUGCCACAAUUGCAGCAGGUGCAUCAGGUGCCACAGGUGCCACCGCCGCCACCGCCGCCACCGGUGCCACAGGUGCCACACAUGCCACAGGUGCCACAGGUGCCACAGGUGCAGCGAGCGCCACAGGUGCCACAGGUGCCACAACAGCAGCAGGUGCAUCAGGUGCCACGGGUGCCACAGGUGCCACAGGUGCCACAGAUGCUACACAUGCCACAGACGCCACAGGUGCCACAUUUGCCACAGGUGCCACAGGUGUCGCAGGUGCCACAAAUGCCCGGCCCUUCCCGCGCCGAGCAGCCCACGGUCGCUAUGGAAGAAGCCUUCGUCGUGGACAAAACGACUUUCCCUCGAAGUCAGCCCCCAAAGGGCUUCGAGGUGGGCCUUUUCUACCAUGUGGACACAACCUCGGGCAAGAUGGAUCGGACAAAUCACGUGACCUGGGGCACCACUGUCCGAGGGAUUUCCAAGGGGAACUAUGUCCAGGUGGGCCAUCGCUAUCUGCCGCAUAGAUUGCGUGGCAGGAGCGUGCUCACACCUUUGAAGGAUAUGGACCCGAAGAAGCUGAAUGAAAUGAGGAUGGAGUUCUCGGACUCUAGCUGUGAAGACUGA